AUGCCACCAACAACAAACGUCACCUAUAUUAGACUGAUACCGAAGAUCACAGGUGCGAAGAGUGUAGCUGACUACCGGCCAAUAGCGCUGUGUAACGUCACAUACAAAGUCAUCACCAAGAUUAUUUCACUCCGUAUCAAAGCUACCCUUCAAGGAAUCAUCUGGGAAACGCAAUCAGCCUUUGUACCCGGUCGAGCUAUCUCCGACAAUGUACUCAUUACUCAUGAGAUCCUCCAUACUCUUAAAAACUCCGAGGCUGUGGUGAAUUGCUCUAUGGCGGUCAAGACUGAUAUGAGUAAAGCUUAUGAUCGGUUAGAGUGGAAUUUCAUCGAGACGGUGCUACUAAGAUUCGGGUUUGCGUCUCAUCUGGUCGCCUUAAUCAUGCAAUGCGUUACAUCAGUGACAUACUCCUUCCUAGUUAACGACUCUGUUCAUGGAAGAGUGAUACCGUCAAGAGGCAUUCGACAAGGCGACCCGCUAUCCCCGUAUCUCUUCAUUCUUUGUGGAGAGAUCCUUUCCGGUUUGUGCAAACGAGCUCAAAGAAGCGGUCAUCUAGCCGGUCUCAGAAUUUCUAUACCAGCCCCCCGACUGAAUCAUCUCUUGUUUGCGGAUGAUACCAUGUUCUUCCUCAAUACAGAUGAAGAGAGCUGCUCGGCACUGAUGCAUAUCCUUGAACAGUACAAGAUGGCGUCGGGCCAAUUGAUCAAUGCUACGAAAUCCUCCAUCACCUUCUCAGCCAAGACCCCGCAGAAGCAAAGCGGCUUCUUGGGCUACACGUCGCCUAUCAAGCGCUGGCAAACUGGUUAUGUUGAAGUCUGUACUUACAGCGGUUCCUUCUUUCUCUAUGACGUGCUUCCUCCUUCCUAUGAGCUUAUGCGAUCAAAUCCAAUCCACUCUAACGAGAUUUGGGUGGCUUGGGAGAAGCUUAUCAAGCCUAAAGCUCACGGAGGGUUAGGUAUUAGAGAUAUUCAGGCCUUCAAAAAGGCACUGCUGGCCAAACAAACUUGGCGGAUCAUCACAAAACCCGACUGCCUGCUGUCCCGCAUACUAAGAGGCAAAUACUGUACUAACGCUUCUUUCCUCCAGGUUUCUGAAACAAAGACAAUGUCGCACGGAUGGAGGAGCAUCAUUGCGGGUAGAGAUCUAUUGGUUACCCGACUGGGUAAGGUCAUAGGGAAUGGGGAAGGAACACGGGUCUGGAAGGACCCUUGGCUAAGACUUGAUCACCCUACUGUCCCGUUUGGACCAGUAAAAGAAAGCGACCAAGAUUUGUUUGUAUCUGAUCUCAUCUGCAGAGGAAGUGGAGAAUGGAAUAUCAACCAAAUAACAAGCAUUAUGCCACAUCUUCUUCCUGAGAUCCUCUGUAUCAGACCAAGUAUUACGGGAGCACCUGAUUUUUAUGCGUGGCUAGAUUCAAAGACAGGAGUAUACUCGGUUAAGUCUGGGUACUUCGUAGCAGCCUCUAUGAUCCAGGUUGAGGACAACGAAGCCACUGAAGCUCAACGAAUUACGGAGCAAGCGUUAAACAAAGGCAUCUGGACCUGCAAGACCUCCCCAAAGCUUCAUCUAUUCUUAUGGAAGAUAUUCCAUGGAGCCCUGCCGCUGGGAGAAAAUCUAGCAAAACGGGGAAUGCUUACCAACAUUUCUUGUAGACGCUGUGGUGAACUAGAGACGGCGGAUCACAUCUUCCUCCACUGUGCGUUCACACGUCGAAUCUGGUCAGCAAGUAUCUGGAGAAACGAGUUCAUACUGACAGAUACAUCUACUCUUGCAACAAUUUUUCUGGAGUCAGCGAACUACAUCAACCUUCCGCCAUUAGGAAUCAAAGAAACGAUCUUCCCAUGGAUUUGCUGGGCAAUUUGGACAGCAAGGAACUACCUUAUCUUCGAGAACAGGAAUUUUGAACCUAUUGAUAUUCUCUCCAAAGCCAUUGCUAACGCCCGGGAAUGGAAUGCAGCGCAACUACCAGGCCUUGAUCCUCCUAUCGCACGGAAUCCUCGAUUACCACCGACACUCACGAUCACCACAGAACCGGCCUGCUUCACUGACGCAGCCUGGCACUCAUCCACGAACAGAGUAGGGUGUGGCUGGUAUAUCCUAACACCUGAGAAGACUAUCACUCUACAAGGCACCCGUAUGUUUGAACACAUCUCAUCACCUCUGAUGGCUGAAGCACUCGCCAUCCGGUCAGCCCUCCUCCACGCCCUCGACGCUGGAAUCACUUUAAUCUGCAUCAAGUCAGACUGUCAGGCACUCAUCAAUGCUCUCUCCUCGAAGUAUCACUCGGCGGAUAUCUACGGAAUCAUUCGGGACAUCGAGGCUCUAUCUUAUCGUUUUUCUCGCAUUUCUUUUAGUUUCAUUCCGCGAUCACAAAACUCUAUGGCUGAUACUUUAGCCAAAUCUGCUAUGUACUCUGCUUUCUCCAACUAG